AUGGAUCAGAUUGAAGGUCGCUAUGCGCGUCUCACCACCCUGGUCCAGAGACUCAAUCCCGACAUUGAUAUCGAGGAUGUCCUGGCCCUCCCGUCCGAUGCCUUCCGGGACAAAGAGCGUGAUGCGUUCGAAUGGAGCCUAGACUCAUCAGCAGGCUUGGAUGGCAUGGCGUCUUUGCCUGCGAGCACCGAAGUGGGCUAUCCUGAUAAGGCAGAAACAGCGCCGAAAAAACAACCCGAUAGUAGUCCAGGAAAUAGUGCCAAUUCAACCAUUCUUCGAACUGUCCCCGGAUUACUUUUCGAGAAUCCGGGCUCUAUCAGUUCGCGAGAGGCCUCGCCCUCGCCUACCCAAGAUUUCUGGUGUUCUGGCCAUCUGACCAACACGACCAUCCUAGACGGCUUGCUUGAUGCGUACUUUACCUGCUAUAAUCCAUCGUACCCGGUUGUACAUGAGCGCACAUUCCGACAAAAGUAUCAAGACCGCCAUCAGAUUCCGCCACACUCCAAUUGGCAUGCUAUUUUCUAUGUUGUUCUGGCAAUCGGAAAUUGGAUUCUGGGUCAUUCGUCGGCGUCCAAGCAGUGUGUAUACUAUCACGCGGCGCGUUCACGCAUGUCCUUGCAAAUGCUAGAGUCUGGCAGUCUUUCGACUGUUCAGGUGUUUUUGCUGAUGGGCAACUAUCUUCUGAAGCAAGAUCGUCCCAACACCGGGUCCAAUCUCAUUGGUAUCGCCUAUCGAAUGGCCCUUGGCCUGGGUCUAUAUCGCGAGUUACCCCCAGGGAAGAGCGAGUUAUUGUUCCACGAACGCCGACGAGCCUUGUGGUGGAUUGUCUACUGUUUCGAUAGUGCGUUCAGCCUGACUAUCGGCCGUUCCGUCAUGGGGUCUAAUUUUAUCGAAACCCGACUACCCCGGAAUAUAGACGAUUCGACAUGUAUCCUAUCCUCUAACCUUCCUCCGCCUACGGAUCACCCAACCGGAUAUUCCGCCAUCAUUGCGCAGGCCCAAUUAGCCUCCAUCGGAAACAGUAUCUACACGACCGUCAUUUCCGCUCCCCAAGGAGCAGUCUUCGAUAUUAAGACCACUCGCUCCCUCGACCACCAACUCGAAGCAUGGUGCCUCUCUUUACCACUCUAUUUCACAGCCCACGACAUCCCAGAGUGGUUCCGAGGCCCACGCGCAAUCGUUUUCUGGAAGGAACAGAAUCUCCGGAUGAUGCUGUGGUGGGGUGCCCGGCGUCUAACGUGUAGCUUACCUGCUGAGAUUGAGGAUGCACGCGAUAUGUGCAACUAUGUAGCUAUUGAAACUAUCCAGGAUAUUACGACUUUUUGUUUGGAGUAUCCGGAGUGUCUUCAUCCGGGACUCGGUUGGUAUGCGACAUAUUUCCUGUUCCAGGCAAGUGUCGUCCUCAGUUUUUACUCUAUACAUUCGAACAAUUUGCCCAAUGGUUUGGGGAUGGUGGAUCGGGAAUUGUGGAUGAUAUCGCUUUCUAGGGCUCGCGAGUGUUUGACUUCUUUGAGUCGGAGUGUUGCGUCGGCGAAAAGAUAUUUGAGGGUGUUGGAUCAGAUUCGCGAGCUGGCACCUGGUGUUGACAUCCCAGAGCUCAGUUCAGAGAGAAUGGAUACGCAUCCGCCUUUUGAUGCUGAUCCUGCUUUGCAGAUAUUGUUCCAAGAUGAAUGGUGGAAUGGUAAUAUACUCGAGGGGUUGACCGAGUCGGACGAAGCUUUUUCUAUGUCACCACCUGCAAACUACUAG